UGCUUUUUAUCGUCGCGACAUUGAAUGGAGUUGUCGAUGCAAAGUCCGGGGACUGGUGCGAAGAUUAUCAAAGGCUAUGCCAAUCGUACGCUGCCAGACCGGUGGGAUGUUACUCCAGCAAGACCAAUGACGAUCUCACCAAAUGCGAAACAAAAUAUAACGCGGUACCGUUACAAAGCGAUGUGCAGCGAUGCGGAGGUGACGGAAAAAAUGAUAUUGACCGUUUGCGGGGCUUAACGCCUGAUCUCACCGACGGAGCGUAUUUCAAGUGUCACAAAUGUAAGGAAGGUGACUGCAAAAAGAGUUUAUCGCAAGACUGCCACGCUGCUUUGAACUGCUUGAAAAAGAGCGAUUGGGUGUACACGACCUGUUCACGUGCUUCACAUAACUUCGACAUCAUCAAUACGAAGACAACAUCUCACGGAGAGCUCUCGGAUAUUCUCGUCGUCAAAGCCAGUGUCCCGGCUGACGGCCGAUCACUUUACGAUAGCUGGUGCGAAGAUUACACGAAAUUGUGUUCAACGUAUGACAGGGUUCCGUUAGCGUGCCCCUUGCGUCCUGAUUAUACAGCUGAGUCAGCAUAUCGUGCUUGUAACAAGGAAUACAAAGGUUACAUGAUGAGGAACUACGAGCUUGAAGGAAACGCAACAUUAUCUUGCCCGUUGAACAAGCUGAUCUCGGACAUUGCUAAGAAAGCAACGUUUAAUCAAGUUUCGCCGACCAACACGUUAGGCCUAAAUACGUGUCUUUCGUGCUCGAAAACAUUGCAAGUUGUUAAUGAUGGUGCGUACUUAUCCAUGAGCUGCCUUCCCGGUGCCACGUGCACGCCAUGGAAUACAACUUUAGAUAGGAAAGUGUUCUUGUUAUGCGUGAAGCCGCCGCAGGUGAACAGCACGUUCCAUAUCGACGAAGUAAGAUUUGUGAAACACAGAGACAGGAAGUACGCUUCCGUGCGUGUCAGCAUGCCGAAUGGUGAAGAGUCGAUCCAUAAUGACUGGUGUACCGACUACCAGAAGAUCUGCGAGUCCCUCUCCAUGAGACCGAUAGCAGGCGGACGAAGCUACGAACGAUUGAUGGGUCGGCGAAAAUGUAGAAUAAAAUACAAUGCUGUGAUGCUAGAGGAAUUCGGUCUUCCCAAUUACGAUCUCAUCGCUGACAUUUCCCGCGCUGCUGGCUUCAAUUACAACGAGGACAUGGUAUUCUCCUUGAAUGAUUGCAACUCGUGUUCGAGAAAAAUAUUUACCAGUGAAGGCGUGGAUAAGAUUACUUCCACUUCCUCUUUCCAGUACACUACAGCAUGCACGUAUUCGGAUAGCAAUUUUGAAGAACUUCAAAGGCGAAACGUUACCGUGGAUGGCAAAUCGUAUCUUGUUGUCAAAGCGCAGCUGCCCGCCGACAUGCUGUCCUCCCAUAAAACGUGGUGUAAGGAUUACCAAAUGAUGUGCGAAUCUUAUGGAAAAAGACCGUUGACGUGCGUCGAAGGUACCGACUUUCAGACAAACUACAAUUCUUUGUUUUUGACUCAUAGUUGUGACUCAAGUAUACCUAAACAAGCUGGAUUUGCUGAUGCGACCGACGAAAACACAUUAAUGUUCAAGUCUAACAAUGGAGCAAAAUGUUCCAGAAAGUUGCCCAGCGCGGACGGUCCGUUUGGGAGACUAAACUCUAAUGUUCCGCACCGUCUCGUGUAUGCACUUUGUCUAAACUCGGCCACCGCGUUUGAAGUUCUGGCGAAAAAAUGGCAUGAUGAACAGAGCAGCACCUAUCUGUUUCUCCAAGUUGCCAUGCCAGAGAACGGGAUAGCAAAUUACAACACCUGGUGUCACGAUUACAGAGAACUCUGCAGAGAGUAUGGUAUGAGACCCGUUUCUUGUAGCGAAUACUACUGCCGUACUCAGCAUGGGGCUCUCCGGAAACUAGAUGACGUCUGUCCUUUGGAUAAGAUGGUUAGCCUUGCCGAGAAAGCACAAAUAACUGAGGUGAAAAGCACAACGAGCUUCCUGUAUUCUUUUACCUGCAACACAAAUAACUGUAAGAAAGUUGUUGAAACCCGAAACUGCACGGCAAGAGGCAAGAAAAUCCCGUUGUGCUUCGACCGUGACGAAAAUAACGGAGAAUUUACGACCGUGUGUUCAUGGCCAAAAGAGCAAACAAGAUUCUCGACUCUCGACGUGAAAUACGUGAGAUACCUCGGAAGGCCGUAUACCGUGAUACGUACGCGGAAGACGUCCAGAGUUUCACUUCAAAAUAAUUGGUGCAACGAUUAUAAACAUCUCUGUCGAUCAUUCAUGCAGAGACCUCUCGCUUGUCCAGCGAGGUACAAUACCGACGCAGAACAUCAUUUGUGCCAGCGGAAUUACGAAGGUGUUUCCAUGGAAACUGAUGAUCACGAAUGCCCCAUGAACAAGUUCGUCGCCGAAUUAGCCCAAUAUGCGGGUUUUUCGCGCGCAACACCACAGAAUUCGUUUGCAUUCCGCGAUUGUAAGGAUGCCUUCUGCAAGAACCAGUUACCAACUGGUGAAUGCAGCGAGGCGCUAUACUGCGUAAACAUGUUGGGCGACCAGGAGGAUCUUUACACAGCAUGCGUCAGUGGUGACAGUGCCUUUAACGUUCGUCGUUACAAAUUCAAUGUGAAUUACAAUUAUGACAAUUAUGGCGUGAUAAAAGUGACUAUCUCGGAAGGCCUCAAGUCCGCUCACGAAGACUGGUGCAAGGACUAUCAGAGAUUAUGCGAGUCCUGGAAUAUGGAAGCCGUGCAAUGUGCAACUGGCCUCGAACUAGCCUCGGAUAUAUGCUCGAUUAAUUACGGUGCUCAUCAAAGACUAUCGUCAUGCGCAGCUGACGCAAAAGCUAUUGCUACCAAGGCUCAAUUGGGCAGCGUUGCUGACAAGACGGCUCUGGUGAUGGAUGGUUGUAAAUACUGUUCAAAUAUCGUUACAAAAACUUGUUCCUCGUCGCUAAACUGUCUGCGUUCGGGCACACUGUUUGCUGUUUGUGCCAUGCAAAAACAAGUUGACGCUUUCAAACCUGUCCAAACACGAUUUGUGAACUAUGGCAACACGGCCUACUUGCUUAUUCAAAGUUAUCUCCACAGUCGACAGUCGCACAGCUUUAUGAAUGCUUAUAACAAUCUCUGCGAGCAAAUAUAUGGCUAUCAACCGAUUUUAUGUGGCAGGGACGCGGUUGACGGGUCAUCAAGCUAUAGAUCAUGUCGUGAUAGCUACCCGAAUGCCUUGUCCCAUCAAGGUAAUGAUUUUAUUUGUCCACCGGCAAAAACAAUCGCAUUCAUCGCUCAAAGAUUUGGAUUUCAUCGAGCAUUGCAUUCUUCUUCAUUUGCGUUUUAUCAGUGCUCCCAUUACUACUAUUACCGCUGGAGCUACGGUUAUCAGCUUUCAACCAGUUCCUGUAACAAUCGGGUUUGGUGCUUAAUGUGGAAUCAAUAUUACAUGCUCCAUUACACAAUGUGUGCCGUACCAAAACUUUCACCUUCCCUUGGCUUUCAUGUACUGGAUAAAAAAGAACUCAUCUUCCUCGGAAUAAAAUAUGUCGCAUUCAAACUAUCGCUAGGCACUUCGGGCGUUUCUGCUACAGAUAACUGGUGUUAUGACUAUCGUGAGCUCUGUCGAAAAUAUAACAUGGUUCCUACUGGCUGUGGGACGUCGAAAAAGAAAGAGUCGGGAUAUUUACAAUGCAGUUCAAAAUAUCGAUCGUUUAUGUCGCAUCGAAACGCCGUAGGUUGUGGCAAGAAUCCUGCUCCUUCGUCUCUUGCCCGUCGCGCGGGCUUUCCUGAUGCCAGCGAGCAAAAUACAUUCGUUUUCAACGACUGCAGUAAAUGUGCCAAGAAUUUACCACCUACAAGCUGCGAUUCAGCCCUCACAUGCCUGUACUCGGAGGUCUUUAAUAAGCAUGCGUACACGCUGUGCGUAGAACGGAAGUCUGGAUUCGAGUACGUGGCUAAGAAGACGACGAUCUACGGCGGUGUUGAGUAUUCAGUGGUAAAAAGUGCACUUCCGGUUGACAACAGACCGCUGUAUGAUAACUGGUGUGUGGACUACCAGAAGUUAUGCUAUUCCGUUGGUGCCUUUCCUGUGGCGUGUUCACUUGCUUCUGGUGUUCAGGAUUUGCGCAGAUUCGCAGAAAAGUACGGAGCAAUAACAGUGGAAAGCAUACCUUGUCCUCCCAUUGCAAAGGUCCUCGCUAUUGUUAAAAAAGCCGGUUACAGCAACGCAGUUUCUGGCAACUCGUUUGUAUUCACUGGUCAAUCCAGUGCAGAGUGUUCCAAAGAUCUUCCCACAGCGCACUGCACCCCCGGCCUGGAUUGUUUGAACCAACAGUUCCGUGAGGUGUACGCCGUUUGCACAAAUCCCACGAAUUUUGCCGUGUCAGACGUGCGCACGAGCUGGCAUUCUGGGAACACGUUCACGGUGGUUGAAGCCACGUUGCCCACGUCGGGUCUCUCUAAAACCUCGUCCUGGUGCGAAGAUUACGCAACAUUGUGUCGCUCCAUGAAGCAACAGCCGGUGGUGUGCGCUGGUCACGCAGACAGCAAGCAGUACGAAAAAUGUCGCGAUAAUUAUCACGGGUAUUUAUUAUUCGAUAAAUACAAUUGCAACACGGAAAAAAGACUUUUAUACCAGAUUGCACAAUUCGCUGGUUUCGCGAAAGGAAACUUCGGCAACACGAUCGGAUUUGCGUCGUGCGCGUCUUGUACACGUGAACUGCACGUGGGACCCGAAUGCGACUCUUCGUUGAACUGCGUUAACAAUCAGACGGCGGAUAGACUUGCCUAUGCUGUGUGUUUGAGAGAAAGCGAACACUCUGGCUUCCAAGUUGUUGAAACGAAAGACACCGCAACAUCAGAAGUGGAGUACAAGGUUGUUAAAGCAAUAGCAUCGCCAUUUGGAAAAUCAAAGUACGAUACGUGGUGUAAGGAUUACGAAAGGAUGUGUUCCAGCCUUGAGAUGAGACCCGUACGAUGCUCUUCGUCGGAUGGAAGCACUUGUCCUCUGUUACAUAAAGCGCUAGUGUCACCGCAAGAGAAUUUCGAUUGUGAGGAUAACGCGGGAUUGCUUAAGUUUGUGAAGAGCGUGGGGUAUUCAGAAGCCACCCAGAACAAUACAUUCAUCUUCGGCGCAUGCUCGACGGCUGAAAAAUGUCGCAAAACGUUGUUGGAUAAUUCUUGCGAUGGUUCCAUGAACUGCCUCAAGAAGCAGCCCGGUUCACGCCUUAUCUUCACGCUUUGUGCGCGCGGACGUCACACCAGCUUCAGGUACCUGGACUCGUCUGUGCAUGUCCACCAAGGUAUACACUUUCUCGUUAUCAAGGCUUCUAAGUUUUCUGACGAAUCGAAGAGCAUCAAUUGGUGUUACGAUUAUCGUAACAUGUGCGUAUCAUUUGGAAGGCAACCAAUCGUCUUCGGCUCGUUUGGUCAACAUUUCAACAAUGACAGAAAUCAGUGUUUUGCGGCAUAUAAUGCAACUUCAACCAUGGUAAAUAUUAAUAGUUAUCAAACAAUUUUGAGUGAAAUGAGUAUUCCAGUCUCAAACUGUCGCGUGGUGUAUACGUAUUGUAAAAACUGCAUCAAAACAUUUCAACAUUGCCCAUUUCGUGCCUGCAAUUGUGAUCUGUUUUAUUUAUUCUGUCUUUAAAAAUUGACAUUAUUAUUUAUUAUACAUUACUCUGGAUACUUCAUCGCCUGACGAAUGCCGUGUUUGGUAAGGCGAAUCGCUUGCGCUGGAACUCAGUGCUUGCGUUUUGUUUUGCUAUAAUAUCUUUGGCAAUACAGAAUAAUUAACACCACAAUAUCGCACUAUAAUUCUAAAUAAUUAAUUCUAAUUACAACACGCGCUUCACAAUAAUUGGCAUUACCAUGACAUCAGAGAUGGUUUUCAAAUGUCACAGCGAACAUGUUUGUGCACACGUCAGGGGCUUAUUCAGAGGCCAGAGCUGUGAUUUUUCAAAUUUGCAGAAAUAUAGCGGGCUGAUGACGUAUAAUUCUACAUUUAUUAUAAUGGUAGU